CAGAACUACUGAGGAAGUCAUGAAAGGAAGAAUUUCAAGAGUUUAUUGAAUUCCUGUCGCCAACUUCCGCAUGUAACCACCACCCCCCCCUUCCGAAACACUCAAAUUAAUUUGGCUAAAUAAAAGCUGGAACACUCUGACUUUCUGUUGGAUAUAAUCUUCCUGAGGCUGGCUGAUGUCAUCGCUUGCCUCCAUCCUCUUCAGCUCCUCUGGGGGCUGAGCCAACCUGCAGAGGAGCAUGGGCAGGAGGGUGGCUGACCCAACCAAUCCGGUGCCUGCAUUGGGAGUUCCUCUGGCAGGGGGGCGAUGGGGCCCGCUGUGCAACAUUGGUGUGCAGACAUCUCCCAGACUGAGGACUCUCCCUUCUAUCAAACGACACGGCAGCCAACCAACCAACAAGCAUCAGCUGCUCACCAUGGCAACAGACAAAACAUCAACAGAAGAGACAGAAGUCAUCAAAAGUGAGAGCAACAGUCUACCAGUGUCUAAAGAGACAUCUCAGAACGAGAUAAACAGCCUCACACAAGACGACAUGGGGUCACAGGGGUCAGGAAGUGACGUUUACUGCCAGAUUAGAACCGUACGGACAAACCCAAAGGAUGUAAGAGGUAAAAGGACAACUCGGUACACCAAUGGCAGUGUGGUAGCCUCUGAUGUGGUGGGAGGGGUUUGCAGUGAAGCCACAGAAGGUAAGGAGCCAGUCCAAGAGAAAAGAAGGGUGCAGUCUCUGAGAGGGGAAGGUCACCGCUCAGUUCUGAAGACAGGGAGUGUUUGCACAACUGUACAUGCCACUCCACCUCGGCCCUGUCGAAUGGUGACAAAUUCCCCACAUCGCCUCUGUGAGACAUGUGGGAGGAGACGAUCGCAGAUUACACCAUGUACAGGUGCAUGUCGUAGGAGGGCAGUUAAUCAAAUAACUGCCAGCCAGACUUUACCUAAUCCACUACGGAAAGCAUCUGUGGCUCCCACUCAGUCAAGAAAAGCCCCUGCUGCUGUGAACUCUCAGUCCUGCAGCAAAAGCAAGGACACAGCGAAUACACAGCAGCACGUGUCUGCAAAGACUGCUCAAAUACCUCAGCUGCCACACACAAUACCAAAAACACACAGUUCACAAAUGAACCAUACAACCCAAGCUCAGAACAAAACAAAAAAUUCUGAGCAGCAGGCAAGGCCACGUUCAGCAGACUUUACUUAUUUCAAGGACUCAGCCACGCAAACAACAGAAACACACACGCACAACUUAGACAGAGCUGUGGCUAACACACAUACACAUCAGACACAUACACCAACUACAGAAGUAAUAGUGGACAAACACGAUCAUGAACUGGCUCAAAUCCAGAAAGUUGAUGAACAUGCACAUCGACAUAUAUCAGUCAGCAUCAUCCCUAAGCCUCAAAGUCCUUCAUUUCAAACGGAAUCUAGCAGCCCCCCACCUCUCCCACCAAACAAUUCCCCUAAGGCCACCAAUUCUAAACCAGCCACACCUGUAGCGAAAACCAAAAACCAGGAGACCACAAGUACAUCCAGACAAUCCUCAGAACGGAUCAAAUUCAAGGAUACAAAGCAGAAGAGCAAAUCAUUUGACGACCACACUCUGCCUUGUAAGACGCAUAUGAAAGCACAAUGUAAUGGGGCCCCAGGAGGACUGCUGGAUGGACACACAGUUCAAGUGCCAUGUGGGCUGGAGAGGCAACUACAGAGUGUGGAGGAAAACUUAAUGUCCAAUCAGGAGAAGAUCAAGGUGCUUCUCAACGUGAUUCAAGACCUGGAGAAGAGCAAGGCCUUCAGUGAAGGCAGUCGCAGCUCGUACAGAACUGGUCAGGACAUAAACAACUGCCCCACCUGCCAGAGAACAGCUUGCAUCAUCUACAGUGUGGAACAUGACUUUCGACAGCAGGAGGGACGCUUCCAGGGGGUUAUUGAAGCCCUUGAGGGGGAAUAUGAUGUGCCUGCACCAACUCUGACCAAGCCCACGCCAGUCCCUUCUUCCUCCAGUCGCCCCAGCACCAAGGCACGUGUCAAGAAACUGCGCAAGAAGUGUUUCUGGUGGCUCUAAGCUUUGCAAAAGACACAACUGGGCAUCAGAAUACUCAUGUGGAUUAUAUUUCAGGGGACAUGAAAUGUUCUGCUGUAGAGAGGAUCUGCCUUGUGAAGCUAGUGUGCAGUUUGCUUACAUUUGAAAAUUCAGAAGUAUUUAUUUUCCCAAAAGCAUCUCUGUAAAUGGCACUUUUUCCACAGUUUCCCAUCCUAAGCUCUGACCGAAUGCAUCGAUGACCCAGGUGGAGCAACAGUGAAUGCACUAAAGAAGGAAAGAAGGACCAAAGAAGGACUCAGAAGAUGUCGUUGUGCUAAAAAAUUCCAGACUUUAUCAGCUAUUUUGUCAAGUAACUGAAAAUCAGGAAAGAUUCUUUUUUCUUUACACUAUGUCCAGACAAAGAAACACCACCGGGACUCUGGAUAUCAGAUGUAUUGUUUAUGACUUACUUGCCAGAUGGACAUGACAGAUGGAUGUAUGUGGUGACUCUUCACAACAAUUUUGGCAAAUUUCUAGCAAUAAGCCGGAGAACCAUGACGAUUUUGCAAAGCCAAGUAAUUUUACUGCAUGAACCGGAUGGCUCAGCAGCCAAUAUUUGAAUGUAGCAACAACUGACAGACCACAGGGAUCUUUAGGAAGAAAAACAAGCUAAUGACUCAUCUGGAAACAAAGAUCGCUCACUGGAUCAUCAGCAUUUUGGAGAGCAAAACAGAAAUUGUAUUGAGAAUACAUUAAAAGACAAUGUGAUAGGCAGCUGAUCAAAGACUGAUAGUCAGGCAGACAAGAAUUUUGUCAACACUGUCUGACAGAGUGAUUGACUCUCUCUGUUAUUACCAUACACAAUGGAAGUGUUUUGCUGUAACCUCAAUUUUGUUUCAAGGAUUUUCACACAUACAGGUACAUGCACAAACAGUCUUGUGGGCACUAAUUUACACAUACAGUAAACUCACUGACACAGACAAGGUGAUACAUCUGAACACAGUACACAUUACAUUUGUGAACCAGAACAUAUUAGGGGUACGCCAUCUACCACAUCAUAUAAAUCUUUCAAUAUUUGUGAAAUCUGAGCCAAUAUAACACCAAUGAAUUAUGUUUGACUGAUAGCAAAAACAUUAGUUGAUGUUUGGAUUUGUCCUGAUUUACUAUCGCACACAUUGUGCAUAAUUUACAGUGUGGACUAAUAGCAAUUUGCCUGGUAAAGCAAAAAGAAAAUAAGAAAAAAAAUUUUUUUCACAGAGCAAAGCUGUAAAUUGGUUCUUUAGGCCACUGUUACUGAAGAACCAAUGUCUUUUAAAAUUACAGGUAAAAUAAAAACAUUUCAGAGUCAAAUAGCAACAAAAUACAUUGAAAGAGAUGUCUAUUAUUAGAAAUUAAAAGGUCUGCAAAUGUUCUUUAAGGCUCUAUCCAUUUUGCAAACACACAAAAAGACCAUUUUUUAAACAUGUGCUUCUUUCACAGCAGUUUAGAGCAUAACCGCUAAUCUCAUGAGGGUCUACUUCAGCAUCCUUUAGCUGACAGGUUGCGCCCAAUUAGAAUCCUGAACUACUUUACUUACUAAUGACCCAUUCUAUAUCCAAAAUGACCUGUCAUGAGCUGUCCUUGAACAGUGUGUGUGAGCUCCUACAAAGCCCUUCUUCUGA